CCCAGGACUGAUAGCGAGUUCUCUAGCACUGCGCCGUGCCUUUUUCUCACCUGAUAAGAGGGUACGAAUGAAUGAGUGGUGCCAGAGAGAGCCUUGUUCUUGCAUGUGGCUCUUACCCACGUUCAGUUCGAGUCUGCAAUGGAGCUGAAUCCGUUCAAGUUCGGAUUUUGAAGCGCACCCGGUUAGCCGUGUUGCUCUUCUAGUUCUUGGGUAUACGUGUUUGGAUGUGUGCGUUGAUGGGGUUUGGUUAUAUUUAGUCGGGGCGCGUUGAGACGGUUGUGGUUCGGGAAAGAGGAGUUCAUUGGUCUGAGCAUGAGCAAGUUGAUGGAUUCUGAGUUUUAAGAAAUGCUAUAUUUGGCAAGCGACUCGGAUGCUCUCUCUCUCGUCCCUUUAUCAACUUUGUCGGGGUUCCAUCAGGAGCUGAAGGAGCAUCUCCCUUAAUCUGCGUGCAGUCUCAGGUAUCUGUUUUACGACAGAGGAUGAGGUAGGAGAUUCCUUAUACAGCAGAAGGGGAGCAAGAGAGGAGACUUGGCGAAGAGGGGGUUUCUUGCAAAUGGUUCCAAGAGAACAAACUAGCGAUGGCGCGGACAAGAAAAAUAGCGUGUGGAUUUUGGAUAACGCGAUUGAUAAUCCAAUGGAUCAGGAGGCCGAGAAGCUGCGAAACACGCAGAGAGAGAAGAAAAUUUCCACAUUACUGCUACUACGGCUUGCCUUCCAGAGCCUCGGUGUGGUCUUUGGAGAUUUGGGCACGUCUCCCUUGUAUGUUUUCUACAAUACCUUCCCUAAUGGCGUGAAGGAUCCUGAGGACGUUAUCGGAGCUUUAUCAGUGAUAAUUUAUUCACUAACACUCAUUCCGCUCAUUAAGUACAUUUUCAUCGUUUCAAGAGCCAAUGACAGUGGCCAAGGUGGAACAUUUGCUCUUUAUUCCUUACUUUGCCGUCAUGCGAACAUCAAUACUAUUCCCAACCAAGAUCGGACUGACGAGGAGCUAACGACUUACAGUCGCUCUAUAUUUGAUGAACAUUCAUUUGCUGCAAAGACAAAGAGAUGGUUAGAGGGGCAACGGCAUCGAAAGAGCAUCCUCCUCAUUCUAGUCAUUGUUGGUUCUUGCAUGGUAAUUGGGGACGGGAUUCUCACUCCAGCUAUAUCAGUUCUCUCAGCUACCGGUGGGAUUAAGUUGGAUCAGCCCAAGAUGAGUGAUGGUAUUACCCAAGUUCUUGGAAUUGAAUUCUUCCAUACAGUUGAUUAUCUGUCUAUAACAGUUUACUUAUUCCCCUCAGGCCUCAAGUUGCUAACCCUUUGUUUGUUCUAUACAGAGGUUGUUGUGCUUGUUUCUGUCAUAAUUUUGGUAGGUUUAUUCAGCAUACAACACCAUGGGACAGACAAAAUCGCUUGGCUUUUUGCUCCAGUCGUGUUUCUUUGGUUUCUUCUGAUUGGUGGCAUCGGCAUCAUCAACAUUUGCAAGUAUGACACCCAUGUUCUAAAAGCCUUUUCACCUAUUUACAUCUAUCGCUAUUUCAAGAGAGGAGGGAUCGAUGGCUGGACAUCUCUUGGAGGUAUAAUGCUCAGCAUAACAGGAACUGAGGCGGUUUUUGCGGAUCUGUCUCACUUUCCAGUGCCAGCCAUACAGAUCGCUUUUACUGUGGUCGUGUUUCCAUCCCUUCUUUUAGCUUAUUCUGGACAAGCGGCCUAUCUCAUUAAAAACUCUGAUCACGUGGUCGAUUUAUUCUACAGCUCAAUUCCAGAGAGCAUAUACUGGCCGGUCUUCCUUGUUGCAACAGCAGCUGCCGUCGUUGCAAGUCAGGCAACAAUAUCUGCGACAUUUUCAUUAAUCAAGCAGGCCCUUGCACUCGGCUGUUUUCCAAGAGUCAAAGUCGUUCAUACAUCCAAGAAGUACCUUCAGCAGAUAUAUAUCCCCGACAUCAAUUGGAUCCUCAUGAUUCUCUGUGUAGCUGUCACAGCAGGAUUUAAAAACCAAACCCAAAUUGGAAAUGCUUCUGGUACAGCUGUGGCGAUAGUCAUGCUCGUGACGACAUUCCUCAUGAUACUAAUCAUGAUACUCGUGUGGCGGUGCCACUGGACUCUGGUGGUCAUCUUCACCGUGCUGUCAUUGAUUGUUGAAGGCACAUACUUCACUGCAGUGCUGUUCAAAGUGAAUCAAGGUGGGUGGGUACCACUAGCAAUUGCGGCGACCUUCUUUGUCAUCAUGUACGUCUGGCAUUACGGUAUGGUCAAGCGCUAUGAGUUUGAAAUGCACAGUAAAGUCUCGAUGGCAUACAUUCUUGGAUUAGGCCCCAGUUUGGGUCUUGUCCGUGUCCCUGGUAUAGGGCUUGUGUACACCGAACUAGCAAAAGGGGUGCCUCCUAUCUUCUCUCACUUCAUCACCAAUUUGCCGGCAAUUCAUUCGGUCGUCAUUUUUGUCUGCGUGAAGUACCUCCCUGUAUAUACAGUCCCUGAAGAAGAAAGAUUCCUCGUAAGACGCAUCGGGCCAAAGAACUUCCACAUGUUUCGAUGCGUCGCGAGAUACGGCUACAAAGACCUUCACAAGAAGGACGACGACUUUGAGGAGAAGCUCUUUGAAAACCUCCACAUGUUUGUCCGGCUCGAGUAUUUAAUGGAAGAGUGUUCGGAAUCGGAGAUCAGCUUGUAUGGUCAGCAAACUCAACAGUCCAACUGCGAAGAGUGGCCCCCAAACGACGACAACAAUAGCCUCACGCUCUCCUCCAUUGUGGAUCUAACGAUCUCGUCGGUGGGGUCAAUCAUGCCGGCUGAAUCUCCAGUGCAUCUCAGUGCGCGGGGCUCUGUAGCUUCUAAUCGGGGGAAUCAUGGCCAGAAUGAGUCGAACGAGAUAGAAUUUCUGAAUAGCUGUAGGGCAGCCGGCAUCGUGCACAUCCUGGGUAACACGGUCGUCCAGGCUCGGCGGGGCUCGAACCUUUUUAAGAAGAUAGCCAUAAAUUACGUGUAUGCAUUGCUAAGGAAGAUGUGCAGAGAGAACAGUGUGAUAUUCAAUGUCCCUCAUGAGAGCCUUCUGAAUGUUGGCCAGGUUUUCUAUGUAUGAUCCGUUUCUUGUCUUUCUUUUGUGUGCUGAGCAAAUCAAUCCCAGUUGAAACGCAUCAAGUCUGCAUGAUUAGUGAUACUAUUGCUGAUCUUCUUAACGACAAUCAGUUCCUUGCUAUUCGAGAUGUCGAGGAUUCGAUUAUGCUCGACACUGC